CUUGAAGGUGUGUAAAGGGGGCGUGGUGUUUUCACUAGUACACCUCUAUCACCCUCCUCGGCUGUUCAUUCACAGACACUGCUUCUGUUGGAGAGACGACACAACUCAGACAUGAGUGGACGAGUUGGAGACCUAAGCCCCAAGCAGGCAGAAAUCUUAUCUGAGUUUCGGGGGAGAAUCCAGGACAUCCUUCCCAGUCUGCCUGCUCAGCAUGACCACUACCUCCUCCGCUGGCUCCGAGCUCGUAGCUUCAAUGUUCAGAAAGCCGAGGCCAUGGUCAGAAAGCAUGUGGACUUCAGGAGACAGAUGAGAUUGGACUCCAUCAUAUCUGACUGGAAGCCUCCAGAGGUGAUUGAGAAGUACGUGUCUGGAGGGAUGUGCGGCUAUGACAAGGAGGGAAGUCCCAUCUGGUAUGAUGUGAUUGGUCCUCUGGAUCCUAAAGGCCUGCUGCUGUCGGCGACCAAACAGGACUUCAUGAAGACCAAGAUCAGACACACAGAGAUGCUGCAGAGGGAGUGCAGGAGGCAGUCGGAGAAGUUGGCGACCAACAUUGAGGCCAUCACUCUGAUUUAUGACUGUGAAGGACUUGGACUGAAGCACAUCUGGAAACCUGCUAUUGAGACCUACGGAGAGAUCCUCACCAUGUUUGAAGACAACUAUCCUGAGGGGCUGAAGAGAGUGUUCCUCAUCAAAGCUCCCAGAAUGUUUCCUACGGCCUACAACCUGAUCAAACACUUUCUAUGUGAGGAAACACGACGCAAGAUCAUUGUUUUAGGAAGUAACUGGCAGGAGGUUCUGCGUAAACACAUUGACGCGGAGCAGCUCCCUGUGGUGUAUGGAGGAACCCUGACCGACCCUGAUGGAGACCCUCGCUGCAGAACCAUGAUAAAAUACGGCGGCACAGUUCCCCGGUCUUACUACGUGCAGGACUCAGUGAAGGUUCAGUAUGACAGUAGUGUGACCAUCAGCCGAGGCUCCGUCUUCCAGCUCGAGUACGACGUUCCUGCAGCCAGCAGCCUGCUGAGAUGGCAGUUUGCCAGUGAUGGAGCAGAUAUUGGGUUUGGAGUGUACCGGCGGACUAAAGAGGGCAGCGGUCAAAAGGUGGCUGAGAUGCUGCAGGUUCUGCCCAGCGAACGCUACAACGCCCACCUGGUCCCAGAAGACAGCUGCCUCACCUGUACAGAGCCGGGAGUCUAUGUGCUGUGUUUUGACAACAGCUACAGUAUCCUUCAGUCCAAGAAGGUGAGCUACAAAGUGGAGGUUGUUCCUCCUGCAGAUGGACAGAUGCAGAGUCCACGCAGCAGAGGAGGAGACACGAGGCUGCAGUAGGACGUCCAUACCUGAAGGACACAUCACAGAUUCCCAACAGCAACAUCAACACCACAGCAUCAGGGCUGGAUUUGCCUUCUUAAAGGCCCCAUUCAUCCCACUUAGUGUUAGUUUGAGCUCAGUAAUUAAUUUGUUGUAGCCUGAUUAAUACGUGAACACCAGGCUGAAAUGAGCGCUGUUCCACCACAACAUGACAUUAUGAAAACAUGAUAUCCCUUUUUCAGGACAACCAGCACUAUUUGAACGCCUGUAUUGCUGUCAUGUUACAUGAUAUAAGUAGCCUAAUGGAUAUACACUACUGUUCAAAAGUUUGGGGUCACUUAGAAAUGUCCAUAUUUUUGAAAGAAAAGCAUUUUUGUUUUCAAUGAAGACAACAUUAAA